GGUGGUUCCACGGUGGGCGACUGCAAUGAUGCCAUCGACGAGGCCGCUGCAGGAACGCCAAAGGUGCAGUGACAGUUCCGACUACUGUUUUUACCUCCCGCAGAUCUAAGCAGCCUCCAAAAGUUGCAGCCGCACAGUCUCACAAUCAUUUACUCCCUACCUAUUUUUCUUUUUUUUGCCUCUUGUCUCGCUAUCUGGGACCCCUUUUUAUCCCCUCCUAAUUGGCCGCCCUGUCUCAAGAGUCAACCCUCCGUGGUCCGUCCACACGAGCCAAAAAGCAAACCAAUGGUGUCAUCUCUCAGACUGAUUCAACCAUAACCACCACUCGCGUCGCUUCGUGCAACAACAGCGACCUACAACUACACCGCUGACCGAGUCUGCUCCCUCCUCCUUUUACUAUCCUUGGUAUCCUCUCAACUUCGCCCUCUCCCAUCUCCCUCCGCAUCUCCCCUCAGUCCCCCCCUGCCAGUGUCGGGCUCGCACCGCCUUACCAUGUGCCGUUUUCUGGUCUACAAGGGCAGCGACGAGAUUCUCCUAUCGAAGCUGAUCCUCGAUCCCACCCAUUCCAUCCUCAAGCAAUCCUUCGACUGCCGCUUGCGCCUGGACAAAGGACAGAACAACGCCGAUGGCUUCGGCAUAGGCUUCUACACCGAUCCCAAACUUGGCUCUGCGCCAUGCCUCUUCACGUCGACCAUCCCCGCUUGGAACUGCACGAACCUCCAGCGAAUCGCCACCAAAACCGCUUCCCGACUCAUCUUCGGCCACGUCCGCGCCACGACCGAAGGCUCUCUGAGCGAAGACAACUGCCAUCCCUUCACCCAUGGCAGCCUGAUGUGGAUGCACAAUGGCGGCCUGGGCGGUUGGAAGCACAUCAAACGCCGCCUCGGCGAGCGUCUCGCCGACAAGUGGUAUCUGGGAGUCAAUGGCGGCACCGACAGCGAGUGGGCUUUUGCCCUGUUCCUCGACACCCUCGAGCGACUAGGCCAUAACCCCAGCGCAUGCCCCGAGACCGGCUUUGGGCCGACAGUACUACGUAAGGCCAUGGAGCGCACCAUCGCCCAGAUCAACGAAAUGACAGACUCGAUCCCCGAGAGCAUACUCCAAAAUGAGGACGUGGACACCAGGAGUCUCCUAAACUUCGCCGUCACCGAUGGGCAUAGCGUCAUCUGCACCAGAUACAUCAGCAGCUCGACCGAUGAGGCCGCCAGUCUAUAUUAUUCCUCGGGUACGCAAUGGGUGACGCGGACAGCUGCGGCAGAUGACAGGGAGUACCAGAUGGAGCGCAAGGACAAGGGUGCGGACAUUGUGCUCGUUGCCAGCGAGCCUUUGACAUUUGAGCGAGAAAAUUGGGUUAAUGUGCCAACAAACUCAGUGUUGACUAUCCACAAACAGACUGUCAUGGUUCAUCCGAUCGUCGACAAGUACUUCGAGCGAGAUCCUUACCAUAUCCGCUCCAGUGCUUUUGUUCAGGCUAAGGGCCUGACUUCGAACGAGAAGACCCGCAGUGACUCAGCCAGCCCAGCAGCCCUCGACCGGCUGCAGCCAGAUCUGGAUGGAUACCGAAAACUCAUGAGCGGGACCUUGCCCUUUGGUUCGUCACGGAGCCUUAGUCCAGACCUCACCCGCCGAUCCAGGACCCCCGCGUCCAUGCGAGAAGCCAUCACCCCCAUCUCGCCCUCCCAGAUCUCGCUGCCUACGUCCUCGAACAACAAGGUCGUCCCCGCACAGGGUAACAUCAAAGUCAAGCGACGGACCGCCCAGCUCCUGGAUAAUACUCCCGACCUGGACCCGGGAUCAGACAGCGACGAGCCGAUGCGAUCAGACGGAGCGAACCAGAGGAAGCUCUCGCAAUUAUUCCCUGAGCUGGUGUUGGGGCCCAGUGCGGGGCCUCAGGCUGCUAGGGUUUGAGGCCAUGAGUCGUUGUAUUCGAGCGUUGUUGUUGGACCUAUUGGGGUUUGACGGGUGUUGGGGUGUGGUUCUUGUGUAGAAUAGCUUGCACCGAUAGGAUGGUGUAUAUGGAUACCCACGUAUCGUGAAGAUGCAGAUGGGCGUUUGCGCGUUAACGAGGGCAUCGGCCCUCGAGUUUGUGUUGUAUAGCUGGGACGCAGAAUGUUUGUACUCGAAUGUUGGUAUCGUAAGAGCUUGACUAAGCAUAAUAGACAAGUAUCUCGUGCUGCUUUAUAAUAAGGUAUCUUCGAAACAAAUAAAGAUAAGAACGUACUGUUGUAUUGUAUUGUUUAACGCCAAGGGAUUCCUUCAUAAGAAUACACUAG